AUGGCCGGAAGAGGCAAGCAAUGGCCAAGAAAUUAUCUAAAUCAGAACCAACAACCUUUCUACGUAGAAAAUGACGACGAUGAUGAUUACGUUGAUGAUGAUGAUGAUUACGAGAAUGAGAAGGUUACUCUCGCAGGGCUGCUAACAGAGAUGAGUGACAUAGAUAAAGAUAUGGAGGUAUCAACCAGUUCCCAUCCGCAGACUUUAUAUCGCCCUCCACCAUCAUCAUUCUCCAAUAAUAGUAAAAGAAUAAAGAAUCAAUCUCGCGCUGUACUUCCGUUUACGGCAACAUCAUCUGCUGUGGGUUCAAAUAAUAAUUCGAAUAGGCAGUUACCGCUUCAACAGAGUUAUUCGUAUAACGACGAACAGCGACAUCGUCAAAUGCUUCCCUUUGAGGAUCAAAAACUACAAAACAACAGCUCCAGCAGCUAAAUUAUUAUCAGCAACUUCAGCAGCAACAAUUAUUAAUGACCAUGACGAUGAACAAUAAUGUCAAAUUAGGGAUGUCAAGUUCCGUCCUUUCUGAGUCCAACCCGUCUACCUUUAUUUCUUCUACACAGCAUCCUCAUGAGCUCCUUCAGCAACAGCAGCAGCAGCAGCAGCUGCAAUCCGAGAAUUUGAUGCGAUAUA